AUGGGAAAAAACUCUCGCGAAGACAUUGCAUUUGCGAACGUAGUAGGCAAGCGUUCUUCGAGUGGUAGGCAGAGGAUUAGUCCCAGGGAGUUUUUUUGCUACCGCAUACAGUCUAGAAAGUCAGUUCCGAGUACCAUACUAUUUGCACGGCGGUUGUUCCAACAGUUUGUGGUAGAUGGAUACAGAAUGGUUGAGUCUGGAAGACUAAUUUAUAUAAGGACACACCAAAAAAGCCUAAGGUGUGAGAGUUACAGUGGAUUGACUGAUGCUUUAACAAGGGGUGAACUAAACCCCGCAGCACAAGGUCGCAGAAUAAUACUACCGUCAAGUUUUACUGGUGGUGCUAGAUACAUGAUACAAAACUACCAAGAUGCAAUGGCAAUAUGUAGAUGGAUUGGAUACCCUGAUUUAUUUAUAACCUUUACAUGCAAUCCAAAGUGGCCUGAGGUGCAACGCUUUUUAAAAGAUCAACGGUUGAAGGCAGAAGACCGGCCGAACAUAAUUUACCGCUUAUUCAAGACGAAGUUGGAUGCCUUGAUAGCUGAUUGUCGAAAGAAUAAAAUAUUUGGCCCUGUGGCAGGAGUCAUAUAUACAAUUGAGUUCCAAAAGCGAGGUCUUUCGCAUGCUCAUAUAUUGCUUUUUUUGGAGAAAAGUAAAGAAGUUAGGCAAGUUGUUACUCUAGACAACAUGAUCUGCGCAGAGAUCCCAGAUGAAAAGAAAGAUGCAGAGUAUUACCAAGCGGUAGAGGAAUUUAUGAUGCAUGGUCCAUGUGGAAAAGCGAGGACCAAUUCUCCAUGUAUGGUAAAUGCGCGAUGCUCUAAGCAUUUUCCUAAGAUAUUUGUUGAGAGUUCUACAUUUGAUGACGAUGGUUACCCGGUAUAUAGAAGGAGAGACAAUGGAAUUAUAGUUACAAAGAACGGGAUCGCCUUGGACAAUAGGUAUGUCGUACCGCACAAUAGAUAUUUGUUGCUUAAGUAUAAGGCUCAUAUCAAUGUCGAGUGGUGCAACCAGUCACACUCAAUCAAGUACCUGUUCAAGUAUGUUAACAAGGGUCAUGAUCGGGUUACAGCAGAAUUUUACAAAACAAGCAAUGAUGACGAGAAUGGGAAAGCAAUAGAUGAGAUUAAUAUGUACUAUGACUGUAGGUACAUAUCCCCAUGUGAAGCGGUUUGGCGUCUGUUUGGUUUUGAUAUACAGCUUAGGGUGUCUUCAGUGGAAAGGUUAAGCUUUCACCUUCCUAAUCAACAGAGUGUGAUAUUUGCAGAUGAUGAUGCUGUUGAUAACAUUGUUAAUAGACCUACUAUAGCACAGAGCAUGUUUCUGGAAUGUUAUGAAGAUAUUAGGACUGUAAAUGGCGUCCAGUAUGACUCAUUCCGAGAUGCGUGUUAUGCAAGGGGUUUAGUCGAUGAUGAUAACGAAUAUGUCGAUGCAAUAGAUGAAACCAGUAAUUGGGCGUCAGCAGAUCAACUGAGGAGAUUGUUUGUGACAUUGCUAAUGAGCAGUUGCAUGGAAUUUGUGUUGUCCGAUUCGCACAAGAUGAACUUUGCCUUAGUAGAGAUUGAGAAGCUAUUAUCUACUCAUGGUAAGAGUUUGAAGGACUAUCCUGAAAUGCCAAUGGCAAACUUUGGGGCCUUAAACGUUAUUGCAAAUAGAUUUAUUCAAGAAGAAUUAGCAUACGAUUGUGGCGAACAGGAGAAAGAGAAUCAGGAAUUGGUAAGGCAAUUAACAGAAGAACAAAAGGUCAUAUACAAUGAAGUGUUAACCGAUAUUGAUCGCCAAGAUGGGGGGUUAUUCUUCGUUUAUGGUUAUGGAGGGACCGGUAAGACUUUCUUGUGGCGAGCACUUUCUUCCGCAUUAAGGUCUAAGAGUGAAAUAGUGUUAAAUGUUGCGUCAAGCGGCAUAGCUUCGCUUUUAUUACGUGGUGGCAGGACUGCACAUUCUCGGUUUGCUAUACCGAUAGCUGUUAAUGAAGAUUCCACAUGCAACAUCCGUCACGAUAGUCAAUUGGCAGAGCUACUUGUGCAAACCAAGUUGAUAAUAUGGGAUGAAGCCCCAAUGAUGCACAAAUUCUAUUUUGAAGCCCUAGACCGAACUAUGCGGGAUCUGUUGCGCUUCAUAAAUCCAAGGAGUUCUGAAAUGACAUUUGGUGGUAAAACAGUUGUUUUUUGUGGCGAUUUCAGACAAAUUUUACCAGUCAUUCCAAAGGGUACAAGACAGGAUAUAGUUCGAGCGAGCAUUAGCUCAUCGUAUCUCUGGAAAUCAUGUAAAGUUUUUAGGCUUACUAAGAAUCUGCGCUUGAGAAGUGUUCAAUCAGAAAACGAGGGUAAGGAGAUCGAGCAAUUUGCAAAAUGGAUAGCUAAUAUAGAUGACGGAACAAUUGGUAGUCCAGUUGAUGGUGAGUACGAAAUUACUGUUCCAGAACAUUUGUUGUUGAAGUGCGAGGAUGACCCUAUUGCUACAAUUGUUGAUAGCACAUUCCCUAAUUUUAGACUGGGAAUUGGUGAUUUGUCAUAG